AUGACAUCCUCUCUCUCCAACAACUCUUUCGCAAUACAGGCAUGUCUACCAUAUUUCAAUGAUGAUGAUCAAGCAGAAGGAAACAACAUUCCGAAUCACUUAAAAAAAAAGAACAACAACGAUCGCAUCGCCAGCAAGCCUGAAAUGAAACAAACCGAAGAGCUCCUCUCUUCGGAGAUGAGCCAAUUAUCAGUGCAAGAGCGAUCGAACGCAUUGGAUGACCUACACUGUGUAGGGGAAGAACUGCGAGAGACCCCUGAAAUGAUUCAGCGUUCGCUUGCGGAAUUUGAAGAUGCAGUACGGAAGGAACGGAAUCCUGUAUAUGAGAUGGCCGUGAAUCAGAACAGAGCCCAUGUGGAAGACCCUAAGUUUCGCCUGAAGUUCUUGAGGGCCAAGCUUUAUGAUACUCGCAAAUCUGUCCGUAAGAUGAUGAGUUUCCUGGAGUGCAAAGCAAAAUACUUUGGUAAUGAUAAGGUUGCUCGAGAGAUUGAUUUAUCAGAUUUAUCAAAAGAAGAUAUGGAGUUGAUGCUUUCCGGGCUAUUUCAUGUCCAAGAUGAAAGAGAUCGAAGAGGUAGAGUUGUUCUGCACUUUUUCGGAAAACUGCUCAGACGAUGUAAAGCUGAUAACCUGAUUCGCAUCAGCUACUACAUUAUUUUCAAUACAUUGUCCUUCCUUCCUGACGUUCAAAGGAAGGGAAUUGUGGCAGUCUACAACGAUGCUACAUUACCCGGGGAAACCUUUUCAAUGCCUGGAUUCAGCUUCAUCAAAGAAAUCCAAGGAUUCUUUGACUCUGGGCCACUUCGGUUCUCUGGAAUCCACUACUGUCUACAUGCGAGAGGACAUAAUCUUGCGCUGAACAACGCAAUUGCUAGUCUUUUCCUGAAUGGAAUGGCUCAAUGUGAUCGUGUGAGAACUCGGAUACAUUAUGGGUCUAUCAUGGAGCUUCAGUAUCAACUCCAAAGCUACGGCAUUCCCUUGUCCACGAUACCGUUUGGAGUACGUGGGAAUAUUCGUAAUGACAUUCUGAAUGUCUGGUUCGAAAGGCACCUCAAAGAGACCAAUCAAAGCAUCCGCCUCCAUGAAUUGUCGCAGGAUAUGGAGAUAGAAAGCGAUCUGAUGGGCUACCAUGUGCCUCAAGAACAGAAGGACGAUGAUGCAAGAUAUGCUUUACUGAUGGAUCCUUGGCAAGAGGGUGGUGAUACUGUCCAUACCAGCGGUAUGUCAGAUUCAAUCAAACCGACUGAGAUGGAUGUUUUGUUUGGAAAAGGGUAUCGGCUACAGUUGCAUCCCGGCAAUGUCCGUUUUCGGGAGUUCCUAGAGCAGCAUCGAGACGAAUAUGAGAGUACGCCCCGACAGAACAGACGAGCAAUGGCUGUCGAGCUUGCCCAAAGCCUUCGGAACAAUGGUGCUCGAUUCCUCCAGAAAGCAGAGUCGGGCGAAUGGAUGGAGAGCGACAAUUCACAAGCAGAGAAGAAGGUAUCUCAGUUUUUUCGUGAGCUACGGAAGAAAAAAGCAAAAGAAGCAGGAGGUCGGUAG